CUUCAUUCCGAGUCUACGGGUAUCAACAAUAGACUAAAGCGUGUGACCCUACGCAGCAUUCCUAAGAUGCGUAGCUACACCAACGGAACUCUCACUGACAUUCUCUUCUAUACCAGUCCAAAGUAUUGUCAGCACAUCAUUGACACUGUGGCGGCCACCAUUAAGCACCUACGUCAGUUGUUUCUUCAAAGGAAUCCAGAUUUUAAGGGCGACUUCUCAAUCGCCGGGCACAGUCUUGGCUCCGUCAUAGUCUUUGAUCUUCUCUCGCACCAACGGCGAACUUCUUCCGAGACACCUUCACUCAAAUCCAACGGUGGAGGAGGAGGAGGAGGAGGUCUCGAAGACGAGGAUGACUGGUCACUCCUCGACGCUGCUGCUGCCUCCACAAACUUAAUUAGUGCUCCUCCUUUCUCUCUCAACACCACAGAUCUUGCUGCUCAGCUCACGUCGACUACCGACCUGACCGAGGUGCAGGUGCGCCAGGUUCUCAACGUUCUAGUCAAUAGUGGUAGUGUUGUCACUGGAGUAUCGAAUCAUUCAAAUGGCGUGGGUCUGCCAGUUAUCAACUAUCCUCAGCUCGGCUUUCCGCUUAACACAUGUUUUCUUCUCGGAUCUCCAUUGUCCAUUUUCCUUGUGGCGCGAGGAGUGGAGCGUCUGCCAUCGGAAUUUCGACUGCCAACUUGUCAAGCCUGUGUCAAUAUCUUUCAUCCGUUCGAUCCCGUCGCCUAUCGUCUGGAAAAUAUGAUCCUACCUGAUUACAAGUUUGAAAUGGUUACAAGUAAUGUACUUGGAUUUAGCAUUUUGAGAUGUUACACAGAUAAAUCAAAAGAUGAGGGUGUUUCUUCAGGUCUACUUUCCACCAUGAAAUUCGAUUAA